GUAGUGUACUUGGUGGGUACUUAGGCUUCGUGCCACACUGUUAGUUGUCAUUUGGUCGAUGGCAGAGGUACGCAGUGAGGUGGAGACCAGUUCUCUAGGUCUAGGAGCCCCAGAGUCGGCAGAUUACCCCCAGCUACCACACCCUGCUGCAGACUCUACGCUGCCUGUAGCAGAGCCCCUGAAGGUACCGGAGGACCCCAGCCAGAGACACAGGCUGAGCCUGACACCUGUCCAUUGCCACCCAGGAGGAUGUGGGAGGACAGCUUCGACACAGAGAAUUACUCAGCGGUGUCGUGGAGGCAGUAUUUUGACCAGUCGGAGGACAUCCCAGUAGGACCGUCAGAGACCAGAGAUGUGUUCAGGGUCUACAGGAACGGUACUGAUGGACCACUACUGGUUCUGCUGCACGGAGGAGGACACUCUGCCUUGUCCUGGGCUGUUUUUACUACAGCCAUAGCCAGUAGGGUAACCUGCAGGGUGCUGGCCAUGGACCUCAGGGUCACGGUGAGUUCAGAGAGCAAAGGUCAUCUCAGAAUGCCACUCUCUUUGAUUGUAGUCAUGACAAUAAGGGUGCCAUUUUGGAUCCGUCCAUAG